GUUGGCUAAAGGAGUGUUUGGUCCUUUCCCGCUUUCUGUACUCCAUAUAAAUAUUUCCGACUUUUCUCAUCCUCUUCAAAAUCCUUUGUCCUCCUCUUUGUUUCUGGAAACUUCUGUGAAGAAGCUCCAACCUCGUCACAGUUCAAAUCACCGCCUAGCAAAUACCUAGUUCGCAGAAUUACAUUGGUGCAUUGAAGUAGAAGCCUGUCCAGUGAAUCCCAUCAUCUCAACAUGCCGAAAGAUAGAAGGAUGAAUUCCUUUUCCUUCAACCGGGCAAACGUAUCUCCUUAUGCUUGCAGCUCAAAGAAUUCUGACCUCGAGUCCCAGAAAUCUUUGCCACCAAUUGGGAAUGAAAGAGAAUGGGAAGAAGCUAGGAGCCCAAUAUGUAUGGAGCAUCCACACAAUGCUGUCCUUUUACUUUGUUCUUCACAAGACAAGGGUUGUCGGCCUUAUAUGUGCGACACAAGUUAUCGACAUUCUAAUUGUUUUGAUCAAUUUUGUAAGUCAUCUGUUGUAGGAGCUCAACCAGAGGGAGAUAAUAUAUCAGGAUCUGCGUUCCGCAGAGGAAGUUGGGGGCGAGCAUUAUCAGGAGCACCUAGGUCUCAUGUGCCGCAGCAACCUGAGCUUGUUUGCCCUCUUUGCAGGGGACAUGUCAAAGGUUGGAUUGUUGUAGAGGCUGCUCGUAAUUUCAUGAACUCCAAAACAAGGAGUUGUGCCCUGGAGACUUGCAAUUUCACCGGUAAUUAUGCUGAGCUAAGAAAGCAUGCAAGGAGUGAACAUCCCUCUGAGAGGCCAUCUGAGGCUGACCCUAGCCGACAGUCUGACUGGACAAGGUUGGAGCUACAAAGGGACUUAGAAGAUGCUUUUAGUGCAUAUCAGGCACCAUUUGGUGAUGACUUUCCUGGAUAUGACUUUCUAACUGAGCUGCCUCUCGACGAUGGUCAAUUUGACCUGUUAGACGGUUACUUAGAGGCUGAGGAGGUACUAAAUGAAAACAUAAAUAUGUUAUUGGAUUUUGAAUUUGAGCUCUCGCUCUCUUUCCUGAAUGAGUUCUCUUUGGUGUCUUCGGCAUGUGAAUGGGAUGAGUUUCCUAGCUAUGCUGGUGGGAGCGCCUAUCAAUCAACGAGUAGUGCUAUGUCUUAAAACAGGGGAUCUAGAAGAUCAGCAUCAAGGUCUAAUAACCACGAGGCAAGGCCAUCAGCUACAAGAAGCACAAAUCUGUCAUGGAGGCGCAGGCCUAGCUCAUUUAGGGAACGGAGACGGAACAGAUGAAUUUAGCAAUUGGUUAUAACUAUAGAGUUUAGCUCAUGGCUUUUAGUUUUAGUUUGUAUUUCUGCUAAUCAACAAUGAAUGGAGGAACUUCCCCUUCCGCAAUUCAUCUCAUCUUUAUCUUCAAGUGAACAUUGUUACUCGUGGUAUCUCUUGCAUUCUUAUUACGGACUGUUAUAGUGUUGGUCCAUGUCAUUCUUUCCUCUUAAAAUCCAAGUUUCAACUUCGAUAUA